AGAAUCUGAUAGGAAAUACACCUGCCUCAGAUGCGGGAAAAAAUUCAAAUAUAGCAGGAAUAUGUCGGACCAUCGAAGAUACACUUGCGGCAUACCAGCUCAGUUCAAAUGCCCGCAUCCAGAUUGCAGUCAUGUCACAAAGCUGAAAGGGAACUUGAAGAAACAUAUUAUUACCAGGCACAAUAAUACAUAUUAUGAUAAGUACAUUGCAUCAUCCCAUUUUGGUUGAGACUUGCAGGUUUCUCCCUAUCCAGUAUCCUCACUAUAGAUGUGGUGUUUGCUGGAGGAAAUACAAAUCUCAGAAAAAUUUGAAUCAACAUCAGCGGUACGAAUGUCAAAAGGAACCCCAGUUCUGCUGUCCAUAUUGUCAAUAUAAGGCCAAACAUAAGUUCAAUUUGAAUAAACACCUAAAAAGGAUUCAUGUAUAGGAAUUUGUGAUGAUUAUAAAUCAUUUGGAAGAUUCCAGGUGUCGUAUUGUGAUUAUAUCUACAUCAGUCAAUUUGCCCCUGGGAUUUUCCUUGCAUGGUUGACCUAAAAC